CCCCCCUGUCUGUUCCCCCUCCCUCCUUCCCUCUUCUCCUCGUUUCCAGGAAGAAGUCUCUCGUCCGCCUCAAUCCCAAAGAAUCCCCACCCCCACCAAAAUGGACAAACCCAGAUUCGUAAUCCCAGCCUCAGAAGUCGAAUCCAUGGCCCAAGACUCCAAACUCACCGUCCUCCAGCUCCUCCCCACGCUCGUUCCCUCCGCCCAGCGCCUCGCCCGCCCGCCCAUCUCCCGAUACCACGUUGGCGCCGUGGGGCUCGGCUCCUCCGGCCGCGUCUUCUUCGGCGUCAACCUCGAGUUCCCCAACCUCCCCCUCCACCAUUCCGUCCACGCCGAGCAGUUCCUACUCACCAAUCUCUCCCUCAAUGCCGAGCCCCGCCUACACUACCUCGCCGUGUCCUCCGCCCCCUGCGGCCACUGCCGCCAGUUUCUCCAGGAGAUCCGCGACGCCCCCAACAUCAACCUCCUCAUAACCUCCGAACCCAACUCCGCCUCCGAUCAAUUUACGCCGCUGUCAAACUUUCUCUCCCACCCUUUUGGACCCCAUGACUUGUUGCCGGAGGACGUGCCUUUGCUCCUAGAGCCACACCAUAAUAAAUUGUCGUUUUUGAGCGAGACCCAGAUAAAAUUGUGCAAUGGGGUUUGUGGGGUUGGCGGUGAAUUACGAUACGCGGCUCUGGAGGCUGCGAACAGGUCCCGUGCGCCGUACAGUGGGUGCCCGUCCGGCGUGGCUCUUGUGGAUUGCGAAGGGAAGGUGUAUCCAGGGUCGUAUAUGGAAUCUGCGGCGUUUAACCCGAGCAUGGGACCGGUGCAGGCGGCUCUGGUGGCGUAUGUUGCAAACGGAGGCGGUGGUGGGUAUGAGAGGAUUGUUGGGGCGGUGUUGGUGGAGAAGGAGGGAGCUGUGGUGAAGCAGGAGCAGACGGCGAGGCUGCUGUUGCAGGCGAUUUCGCCUAAGUGUGAGUUUAAGGUCUUCCAUUGUAGAUCGGCUUAGAAUCAAUGGCUGUAAAAAAAGAGUCGAAAUCGAUGCAUGGAUGGAGGAUAUUAAAAGAAGUCUCUGUUAAGCCUUUUGUAAUUUGUAAUUUUAAUAUUAAUAUAAUCACAGGGUUUCGAAUC